UUAAUUUUGCCUCGCUGCUUUCUUGUGUUUCCUCCCAAAUUGUUGCUCGGUUACACGGGAGGGAAAAUGCCCCAGGAAGUCCCUCAAUACUCUUCUGACUACAAUGAACAAAAGGCAGAAGGUUAUUUGGAGAAAACCAGUGAUUAUUACCGAGUGAGCCACAAUUUGCCGGCCAGGUUCAAUAACCCUGGGUGGUUUCAGGGCUACAGGAUUAAGGAAACUCAUCCAGUAUACAGGACAUCUAACCAAACCUAUGGUAGCAGAGCACCUACUGUACAUGAAAUGCCUAAAAGUUUUCAUACUGCACCACACACGUUUUCUCAACAUUAUGGAAGUUGUGGAUUAUACAGAAACAACAGUUUUAAUGUCUACACUGACAAGAGCAUUGUGACAGGCACUGCUAAUUUCAUCACGUAUUAUGAUAGAUUGAACUUCCAUCCCAGUUACAAUGCUAAUAAACCAUCAAUCUGUGAUUAAUGAGCACUUCCCCCUCCCUCAAUGGUAAUCCUGUUUAGAUUGAAGUAUUCUGAACAAUCAGUGUAAUCAGUUCCUGUUAAAAUGGCUUUUAAAAAAAAUAUAGUUAUACUGAACUUUCCUAAAAUUUUCUGCAUAUUUUUCAGGCAGUAAAAUGUACAAAGUACCAGUUAUCUCUUGUUUUAACCUCAUUGCUAUUUUAGGUAUAAAAGAAAAUAACUUUCUACUAAACAUUUCAACAAAGAUGAGAAUCAAUAGAAAUACAUUGAAUUCUAUGAAUUGACUGAAAUGGAUAAUCAAGGCACAAGGUCUUACACAGUGCUUGGUUCUUUAAUUGAUAAAUUUAUAUGCAAUGAUAACUGCUCUCUGUAGUGUUACCUGGAAGUGUUUUUAUGCUCAUAUGGAACUGCCACUGAAGAUAAAGCGUAAUGGAAAGGUUUUGGAUGAUUUCCUGCCAUUCAUAUUCUACUUGAGUGCUGCCUCAUAGUAUGGUGACAAUCAGUGAGGCAUAACCUCUGGCGUGGUCUUCCAAGCUAAAUGCCUGUGUCUGUUGUUGGAAGAUCAGCACAGCCAAGUUUGGAAGAACUUAUCACCAGGCUAACUGCAGGGGGAUGGAUUUUUCUGCCAAGUUAAGUGAUCUUUCAGAGCUGUUAAGCUGUAUAGGGUUUACAAUCUAAAUGCCUGAAGAUGAUGAAAUAACAGAUCCUUAGAAAAUACAAGAUGCAGCAUGGGGGCUAGAUUCUGGGCUUGGCUUGGUUUCAUUGGACUGUCAGGGUGAUAUCGUGGUCAUUGUCCCUCCAACUCAGAGGAUAACUGUAAGAGAUGAGAGGGUUGGGAGAUGGGGAAUGGAAAGGAGCUGAUAUUAUUUUAAAAAAUUUUGUUUUAUAUUCAUAAGUAACAGGCAAAUGAAACAGUUUAAAUUUCUCAAAAGGAGUCCUUGAGUAAUACAUUCUAUUGAUGGCCUUUGAUAAAUAUGAAUGUUUUCCCAUUAUAUUUUAUUAUUGCGAAUAUAUUGUUUAAAGAAAGUAUUUCCUUAAAAAGGCUUCUUCUCACUGAAAAAGAUGAGAAGAAAUCAAACACUGUGGCUGGCCACUUUUUGCUCAUCUUUUAUUAAUACACAGAAAAACAGAUUUUGAAAACUUUAAAAAGUCCAAUAUAAGGUAGAAACUUUAAAUUUCUAUAAAGUCUGGAGAGACAACAAAAAAACUACAAGUUUGGGCUACAUAAUUAGAAUCAAUUCAAAUAGAUGACAUAUAAAAACAGAAUCUGAAAUCAGAUUAUAUAUAUGCAUAUAUACAUAUAUGCAUAUACAUAUAUGUUACAAAAUUAAAUGUGUUCUCUUUCUGGUUGAAAAAAAAAACAGUUCAAACAUCAACCAUCAAACUGAAAUUAUUUUUAAAAACCCCAUUGAUAUUAUGAAAUAACAUUUCAACACUUCUAUUUUUAGUCUUUGUUGAAACUAUGAAGACCAAAUAUAAAAAUAGUUGUUACUGUCAAAGUUUCCAAAAUGUUUCCUUAACACUAGAAAUCCAAAUAGUAACAUUGAUUCUGUUAUCACCUUAAAAGAAUGAAGCCAAUAGGAAAAUCAAUAUUCUUUUAACCUAAACUGAUUAAAUAACUAUUGUACUGCACUAUGUUGAGGCAGUCUUUGAAAUAAAAGCACAAAUAAACUGGGAGUUAUCUCAAUAAUUCAGGUAAAAUCCCUAUUUCCUUCUGGAGGUAAGCCUUGUGUAUUAUGUAGACUUAAUUUGAGUUUUUAACACUAGCUUAAUUUUUAUUUCCAAUCAAAACAUUUAAAUACAAGUGUUCAUAUUUCCAGUUGGUUUCAUA